UACUAAAUAGAUAUCUUCUGUGCAAUUCAGCAUUGUGCAACAAUGUGCAAUAAUAUUCAUCUUCCAGUGUAUUCUUUUCCUUUAUUUGAGCUAACACAGAAGCAAUAGCCCCCAUGUGUAGACCGCAUCCCACUCCAGACGCCCACUUCAGUCCAAACACGCGGCCCGGUGCCACAGAUCGAUAUCAUGUAACAUUGAAAGAGGAGCAACUCACAAUCAAAGCGGUCGUCAUGGCAACGGCCCAGCCGGAUUCCACCAAUCAGAGGGCUCCAUGAGGCUGAGAGAUGCUCAGCGAUGUGCCAGCGUCCUACAUAAAGAGUGCGGGACAGGGAGCCUGAGCAGCACAUACAGAGAGGGAGAGAUCGGAGUGAACAAAAGGCAAGGAAGGACGACAUUAAUCGAGGACGAGAGAUGCUGAACUCUGGAGGAAGUGUUCCUGCUCUGCUCUAUGUGGCCAACCUUUGUGUUGCACUUUGUGUAGGAGCUGCUCUGAAGUCAGAUGUGGUGUUGGAGAACAGUGCUACCACACUGAACCAUUCAAUGGCGCUGGUGCAGCGCAUGGAGGCCCUGCUGACCCAGGGAAACGGCAGUGACGUGACCCUGCGUGUUCAGACCUUAAACACGGACGAGGUGAAGCUCAUCCAGGUCCACUCGCUGGUGUUGAGUCUACAGAGCGACGUGUUUGAUGAGCUCCUACAGACCAGAAACUCCACUGCGAUGAUCCUCAGAGAGACUCCAGACUGUGUAGCUGUCUUUGAUAAGUUCAUUAGGUACUUAUACUGUGGUGACAUCACAGUGCGUCUGAACCAGGCCAUUCCUCUACACAAGCUCGCCAGCAAGUACCACGUGUGGGACCUCCAGCAGGGCCUCACCCAGUACAUGACCCAGCACCUGUCCAGCGACUCGUCCACGGGUCACGUGGUGAGCUGGUACCAAUACGCCACGCAGAUCGGGGACGUGACCCUGCAGAACAGCUGCCUGCAGUACCUGUCCUGGAACCUGUCGUCGGUUCUACACAGCGCCGAAUGGAGCUCAGUGAGCGAAGAACUGCUGCUUACUUUGCUGCAGCGUUCAGACCUGGUUCUGCAGAGUGAACUGGAGCUGUACGAAGCUCUGGAGGCCUGGAUCAACCAGAACCAGCCCUCAGCUGAGACGGCCGAGAGUGCUCUCAAAGCAAUACGCUAUGCCAUGAUAUCACCUCAACACUUGUUCCACCUGCAGAAGAAGUCGUCUGUGAUGUUGAAGUAUUACGAAUCGGUACGCGAUCUGCUCUACCUAGCCUUCCAGUUCCAUGCAGCCUCACCCAUCCAGCUCGCAAAGUACUUUGACGUAAACUGCAGCCUCUUUGCGCCUCGUAACUAUCUGUCGCCAGCAUGGGGCUCUCCGUGGGUCAUCAACAACCCAACACGGGACGACCGCAGCUUCAGUUUUCAGACUCAACUUGGACCGAGUGGCCACGACGCUAGCAAACGUGUGACCUGGAAUGCUCUUUUCUCUCCUCGUUGGCUUCCUCUAAGCGUGCGGUCUGCUUAUCCGGAGCAGGGGUCCCUGCAGCCCACUCGUACCGAUGGAGGGCGUCCGCGGAUCAUCGUCACACCGGCAACCUCCAGCCCAGACUUUGCUGGUGUCAGCUUUCAAAAGACUGUCAUCGUUUCGACCCGGAAGCAGGGGAAGGUGGUGGUCCGUCAUGUCUACAACUUCCACCAGAGUACGGAAGAGGCGGGAGACUUCCUGUUAGAAGCGGACCUGCAGCGUAGAGCAUCUGAGUACCUCAUUGACAGCUCGCUCUACCUGCACAUUAUUGUGAAGCCCCUCUAUCACAGCCUCAUAGUAGCGAAAAAGUAAAAGUCUAGCUCCUCUACUAAUGAUUUCCGGUGCCCAAUAGCUUUGAAAGCAAAUUAUACAUGCCCAAAUAUAUUUACAUUUAUGGAUUUGGCAGAUGCUUUUUCCAAAGCGUCUCAAGUUGCAUAGAUUUUUCUGUUGCAAUCUGGUGUGCAACACCCAUUUUUCACCAUUCAGGCAAUUCCCAGAGGAUAAAAUCAAAGUCCACCCUUCUUUUUUCUCAUUUAAUAUCCUGUUUCACUUUGGAAAUAGGAUAUUGCAGAGAUAAAAUAGGUUUUGAAUAGUUACUUCUAUUUUUACCAUGAUGCAUGGAAGCUCAUCUUAAUUUAUUAGUACUUGGUAAUCAUAUGACCAUAGUCAUAUUCGAGAUAUUGUUUUUAUUUGUAAUAAUUUUUAUGGUGAGCAUGCUAAUUGAUUUCAUAAAAUGAAAAAAAAAAAAUCAAAAACUCUUUGUUCUUUUUCUUGUUCUUGUUCUUUGAUGAUUAAUGCAUUUGUACACAUUGUCUUAUGGAGUAUUCUGAACUGAUCUUUUGCUCACUUAUGUUAUAUUGUAAUUCAUGUUGAUUUUCAUUAAAAUCCCAAUUUAUG